AACCGGAAGCGCGUGUAUAGUAUCGUCACCGCGUGUGUAGAGUGUGAAGCCGGGAUGAAGUUCGGUUAUCGGUUCUCCAACCUUCUGGGGACAGUUUACCGGAAAGGGAACUUGAACUUCUCGCCGGACGGGAGUUCAGUGCUGAGCCCCGUGGGGAACCGCCUGUCCGUCUUUGACCUGAAGAAUAACAAAGCAGAGACGUUGCCGUUGGCUCUGAACAGGAACAUUGUGUGUGUGGGACAGUCUCCCGACGGGCAUCUGGCCAUCCUCGUCGAUGAAGAGGGUGCGGCCGUGCUGGUCAGUCUGUUGCGGAAGGCAGUGUUGCAUCAUUUCCACUUCCAUGCUCCAGUGCACUGUGUCUCCUUCUCUCCCGACGGCCGGAAAUUUGUGGUGACCAAGGAGAACGUUGCGCUCAUGUACCAUGCGCCCGGCAAGUCCCGGCAAUUCAACCCCUUCGUUCUGGACAAGUCCUACUUCGGACCCUAUGACGAGACCACCUGCAUCGACUGGACUGAGGACUCCAAGUGUUUUGCUGUGGGCAGUCUGGACAGCAGUACCUGGGUGUUUGGAGCAGAGCGGUGGCAGAACCUCAUCUACUACUCUUUGGGUGGGCACAAGGACGCAAUUGUUGGAUGCUUCUUCGAAGCUGGCAGUCUUGAUAUCUACACUCUGAGCCGUGACGCCACACUGUGCGUGUGGCAGUGUGAUACGGACCCGGAAGGACUUCUGGCACCUGUUCCCAAGGCCAAGGCUGAUCACAAAGUCUCUGCAGAGGACAAGGAAGGGCAGGACCAGAAGGCUGACGUCAUCCGUGGGAAAUCGGAGUCGGAGCAGGAGAGGGCCGGAAAAGUGAAAUAUUCCCGGGUUGGGAAGUAUUUCUUCAACCAAGAGAAUGACUUCAACGAUCUGACAGCUGCGGCCUACGACAAGAAAACUCACCUGCUGGUUACCGGCUUCGCCUCGGGCAUUUUCCAUCUGCACGAACUGCCCGAAUUCAAUCUCAUCCACUCCCUCAGUAUUUCAGACCAGAGGAUCGAGUCCAUCUCCAUCAACAGCUCCGGGGACUGGAUUGCAUUUGGAAGCUCAGGUCUGGGACAGCUGCUGGUGUGGGAGUGGCAGAGUGAGAGCUACGUGCUGAAGCAGCAGGGACAUUUCAACAACAUGGUUACGCUGUCUUACUCUCCCGAUGCCCAGUACAUCGUCACAGGGGGUGACGAUGGCAAGGUGAAGGUUUGGAAUACCAGCAGCGGUUUCUGCAUUGUGACGUUUAGUGAACACACCAGCUCUGUUACCGCAGUUACCUUCAACUCUACCGGCUUUGUUGUGGUCAGUGCCUCUCUGGACGGCACGGUGAGGGCGUUUGAUCUUCACAGGUAUCGGAACUUCCGCACAUUCACAUCCCCACGACUCACUCAGUUCUUCUGCCUGGCUCUGGAUUCAAGUGGAGAGAUUGUGUGUGCAGGCUCACAGGAUUCCUUCGAGGUGUUCGUCUGGUCCAUGCAGAGCGGUCGGCUGCUCGAUGUGCUGGCAGGACACGAGGGACCGGUGAGCAGCCUGAGUUUUAGCCCCACACAAACCAUCCUGGUCAGCGCUUCCUGGGAUAAGACGGUGAAGCUGUGGGAUAUGGCUGACAGCUGGAAGACAAAGGAGACUCUCCGCAUGACCUCUGAUGCUUUGGCGGUCACCUUCCGACCGGAUGGCAAGGAACUGGCGGUGGUGACCCUGAACGGACAGAUCACGUUCUGGGACGUGCAGGAGGCGGUGCAGACAGGUUCCGUUGAGGGCCGGCAUGACCUGCAGAUUGGACGCAGGGAGCAAGACCGCAUCACCGCUAAGCAGUCCGCCAAGGGCAGGUCAUUCUCCACACUGUGUUACUCGGCAGACGGGCUGUCAGUGUUGGCGGGGGGACAAUCCCGAGACGUGCUGAGGGAUGCACUGAGGCCUGGUGGGGAAGGAUGCCAGUCCUGGGUUCUUCUGCUACUGGAGAUGGAGGGGCUGGGUUGGGUGAAGAUGCCCGCCCCAGAGUGCCUCGUGAGUGAUAGCAUUUUAUUUUGUUUUGUCCUGGACUGUGUAAAGCUGUUGGUAGAGGGGCAUGUCUGUGGCCACUCUAAAUUGACCCCUUGUCUUUGUGGUUGCUCCCCAGGUGACAUGAGCUUGCGCCACUUUAAACCAGAUAUGCGCGUGACGUGCCUUCGCUUCUCUCCAACAGGUAGAAGCUGGGCAGCCACAAGUACAGAGGGGCUGCUGAUUUUCUCGCUGGAUGGUGGUGUCGUGUUUGACCCCUUCGACCUGGACGAGGAGGUGACGCCGAGCAGCAUGCGGCGGGCAGUGCGGCGGAAGGAGUUCACUGUAGCCAUUGUGAUGGCUUUCCGCCUGAAUGAGCAGAAGUUGACCUUGGAGGUGUUGGAAAACGUUCCUCACGCAGAGAUUCCAGUUGUUUGUACGACCCUCCCGCCGCUGUACGUGGAGAAGAUGCUGCAGUUCAUCGCCUCGACCCUGGAGACAUCCCGUCAUCUGGAGUUCUUCCUGAGCUGGGCUGAGCAGCUGCUGAGCCUGCACGGACAGAAGCUGAAGGCCCGCUCGGUGGACCUGCUACCAGUGAUCCAGUCCCUUCAGAGGAGCAUCCAGCAUCACUUUGACGCCGUCUCCAAACUGUGUGACUGGAAUCGCUACAAUAUGAAGUUCGCUCUCGCUCUGUCCCAGCAGCGUGGAAUGAAACGUCCCGUAGAGGUGGAGGAAACCGACAGCGAGUCCAAAGAAUGCGAGAGCCCAGGGGAUGAUCUCAUGGAGGGGAGCGAUUGCGAACUCUGAGCACUGCUCCCUGCCAGGUCACCACUGUGACAACAGCCAUGCUCCAGGUGGUGUGUACAGUCAGGGAGGCCACCAGUUGGGCUGUAGGUGAAGUGUGUAGGAUUGGUACAUUGCACCACAGGAGUUUACGUGGUCAAUAGGUGUGGACUGGUAGCCAUGCUGAGGAAGGAACCAUCCCUGUCCUGGGAGUGUGUGAUGGGACAGUGUAGAGGGAGUUUCACUCUGUAUGUAACUGUCCCUGUCCUGGGAGUGUGUGAUGGGACAGUGUAGAGGGAGUUUCACUCUGUAUCUAACUGUCCCUGCCCUGGGAGUGUGUGAUGGGACAGUGUAGAGGGAGCUUCACUCUGUAUCUGACUGUCCCUGCCCUGGGAGUGUGUGAUGGGACAGUGUCGAGGGAGCUUCACUCUGUAUCUGACUGUCCCUGCCCUGGGAGUGUGUGAUGGAACAGUGUAGAGGGAGCUUCACUCUGUAUCUAACUGUCUCUGCCCUGGGAGUGUGUGAUGGGACAGUGUAGAGGGAGUUUCACUCUGUAUCUAACUGUCCUUGCCCUGGGAGUGUGUGAUGGGACAGUGUAGAGGGAGUUUCACUCUGUAUCUAACUGUCCCUGUCCUGGGAGUGUGUGAUGGGACAGUGUAGAGGGAGUUUCACUCUGUAUGUAACUGUCUCUGCGCUGGGAGUGUGUGAUGGGACAGUGUAGAGGGAGUUUCACUCUGUAUCUAACUGUCCUUGCCCUGGGAGUGUGUGAUGGGACAGUGUAGAGGGAGUUUCACUCUGUAUCUAACUGUCCCUGCCCUGGGAGUGUGUGAUGGGACAGUGUAGAGGGAGCUUCACUCUGUAUCUGACUGUCCCUGCCCUGGGAGUGUGUGAUGGGACAGUGUCGAGGGAGCUUCACUCUGUAUCUGACUGUCCCUGCCCUGGGAGUGUGUGAUGGAACAGUGUAGAGGGAGCUUCACUCUGUAUCUAACUGUCUCUGCCCUGGGAGUGUGUGAUGGGACAGUGUAGAGGGAGCUUCACUCUGUAUCUGACUGUCCCUGCCCUGGGAGUGUGUGAUGGGACAGUGUAGAGGGAGUUUCACUCUGUAUCUAACUGUCCUUGCCCUGGGAGUGUGUGAUGGGACAGUGUAGAGGGAGUUUCACUCUGUAUCUAACUGUCUCUGCCCUGGGAGUGUGUGAUGGGACAGUGUAGAGGGAGCUUCACUCUGUAUCUAACUGUCCCUGUCCUGGGAGUGUGUGAUGGGACAGUGUAGAGGGAGCCUCACUCUAUAUCCAACUCAUACUGUUCCUGCCUUGAAAAUCACAGGGAACUUUAUUUGUGAUUCACUCCCUAAGAAUAUUUUGUGUGAUCUGAUCCAAGCACUGAAUGCCUUCCCGGAUUACUUGUCCUGCUACGUUGAGACCAUUUGAAUGUAAAUAAUGUAUAAUAAAUUUGUGAUACAGAGUUAGAUGUUCUUAAUGUAAAUUUUGCAGGUUUGGCUAUGUUUUCUGACAUUUUCUCACAUUGAUAAGGAGGGUGUUUGAUCCUGUUGACUGGGGGUGGGAGUUUGCCCUGAACUGCCCUGAUAUUGUGUUGAAUAGAGGCUGAAUAGUUCACUCAGAGAUGUGAACAACACAGGACAUAGGAAGUGUCCUGACUGGCCAGACAGCAUCUACGGAAAGGAAGAAGCAGUUCAACAUUUAUUCCUGACGAAGGGUCUCAGCCAAAAAUGUCGACGUUUAUUCAUUUCCACAGAUACUGCCUGGCCUGCUGUGUUAAUCUGGAUUUCCAGCAUCUGCAGAAUCUCUCUUGUUAACAAUUCAAACUAAUCCCAUCUGCCUGUACAUGGUCUGUAUCUUCCCAUUCCCCGACUGUUCAAGUCGUGGUUCAUCUCCCCUUAAAGGCACUAUAGCACUCUCUGGAAAAAGAAGUACACCCUCUCCCUCUCAACCUAAAGCUACAAUCUCUAGUAUUUGACAAUCUUUCUUAGCUGUGGAGGCCAAGUCUUUAUGUGUAUUUAAGGCAAGAUACGGGAAGAAGGCAGGAGACUGGGGCUGAGAGGAAAAUUGGAUCAGCUAUAAUGAAAUGGUGGAGCAGAAUCGAUGGGCCAAAUGGCCUAAUCUGCUCCUAUAUCUUAUGGUCUAAUUGAAUUUGUUUCUUACAUCCUUCACAUACAUGAGUAAAACUCCUUACCUUGCGUCUCCAUCCAAAUGUGCAAUCUAUAGUAAUUUAUAAUAAAUAGUAUGUACAACAGGACAGUCAAUAUAACAUAGAAAUACAAUUGUAUCAGCAUGAAUUAAUCAGUCUGAUGGCCUGGUGGAAGAAGCUGUCCCAGAGCCAGUUGGUCCUGGCUUUUAUGCUGCUAGAUGAUUGCAGCUGGAAUAGAUUGUGGUUGGGGUGACUUGGGUCUCCAAUGAUCCUUCAGGCCCUUUUCUCACACCUGUCUUUGUAAAUGUCCUGAAUAGUGGGAAGACUCUCAAAGUUAAAAGUAAGUUUAUUAUCAAAGUAUGUAGGUAUAUGUUACUCUAUGACCUUGUGAUCCUUCUCUUGUGGGCGUUUAGAGGAACAAUAAAGAAAUACAAUAGAAUUUAUGAAAAACUGGACAUGGACAAAGGCAGACAAACAACAAAUGUGCAAAGGAAGCCCAUUUGUACAAAUAUAAAAAUAUAUUGAGAGUAUGAGCUGCAGGGUCUGUGAAAAUGAGACUGUAGUUUGUGAAAUCAGUUCAGAGUUAGGGUGAGUGAAGUUAUCCACACUGGUUCAGGAGCCUGAUGGUUCAGGGACUGGGUGAGUGAAGUUAUCCACACUGGUUCAGAGACUGGGUGAGUGAAGUUAUCCACACUGGUACAGGAGCCUGAUGGUUCAGAGACUGGGUGAGUGAAGUUAUCCACACUGGUUCAGGAGCCUGAUGGUUCAGAGACUGGGUGAGUGAAGUUAUCCACACCGGUUCAGGAGCCUGAUGGUUCAGAGACUGGGUGAGUGAAGUUAUCCACACUGGUUCAGAGACUGGGUGAGUGAAGUUAUCCACACUGGUUCAGGAGUCUGAUGGUUCAGAGACUGGGUGAGUGAAGUUAUCCACACUGGUUCAGAGACUG